ACCCCACACCGUUUGCACGUCGGCCCCCUCCUCUCAUCCCCUCUUCGCCUCCUCCGCCCUCACCCCACUCCCUUCCGCCAUAGCCGAUUAGCCGCCGGUGAGAGGCCCCCGGUUCCUCUCCUCUGGAGUUUCUGCGCGAAUGGAUCCCGGCGAAGGCGGUUCCCCUGCCGCACCAUCGACUUCUGCAGUAGCCCCAGGCGCGGGCGCGGAGACUAAGGAGGAUGCCGGAAAGCAGGUGCUGCUGAUCCUCGUCGGCGCCCCGGGCAGCGGCAAGUCCACGUUCGCCGAGGCCGUCAUGGCCGGUGCCGCCGCCGCCGGUCGCCCAUGGGCCCGCGUCUGCCAGGAUACAAUUGGAAAGGGCAAAGCUGGAACCAAAAUACAGUGCUUGAAGGCUGCAGCAGACGCUUUGAAGGAGGGAAAGAGCGUUCUCAUUGACCGAUGCAACUUGGAACGAGAGCAGCGCUCUGAUUUUGUGAAGCUUGGCUGCACCGUACAAGCGGAUGUGCAUGCUGUUUUCUUGGAUCUUCCUGCGAAGGCUUGCAUCUCACGCUCGGUUAGCCGGACUAGCCAUGAAGGAAAUGUGCAGGGCGGAAUGGCUGCCAUGGUUGUGAACCGCAUGUUGAAGAACAAACAGACACCCUUGCUGACUGAAGGUUUCAGUCGGAUCACGUUCUGUACGGAUGACGAUGACAUUAAGAAGGCAGUUGAUAUGUAUAGUGCUUUAGGGCCUUCACAUAGUCUUGCUUCAGGAGUAUUUGGUCAGAAGAGCAAAGGGCCUGUACAAACUGGUAUAAUGAAAUUUCUCAAGAAGGCAGAUACUUCGAAGGUUGACAAAUCCAGUGGAACUAUGCUUGCAUCAAGCGAAACAAAGACAGAGCAGCAAAAUACAACGUUGAAACAGGAAAACCUUGAAGCUAGUGGUGCCUGUUCAAUGCAAGUAGAAAAGAAGUUGGAUAACCUGAUGGAAAAAGAAGAACAAAGUAAGGAAAGUGUUUCUUCUGACAUCAGUUUGUGCACUCUGGCAUUUCCAUCGAUUUCUACUGCUGACUUCCAGUUCGAUCUUGAGAAAGCAUCUGACGUUAUAGUAGAUGCAGCUACUGAUUUCGUGCAAAAGCAUGAUAAUGUAAGACUUAUUCUUGUUGACUUGAGCCAGAAAUCAAGAAUAUUGUCAUUAGUCAAGGACAAGGCUUCUAAGAAGAGCUUUGACUCCAGCAGAUUUUUCACAUUUGUUGGAGACAUCACUCAGUUGCACUCAAAAGGAGGUCUUCACUGCAACGUGAUUGCUAAUGCUGCCAACUGGAGGUUAAAACCUGGAGGUGGAGGGGUUAAUGCAGCAAUAUUUAAUGCUGCUGGAGAAGCUUUACAGCAUGCAACCAAGGAAUGUGCUGACACGUUGAGACCUGGUAACUCUGUUGCUGUUCCGCUUCCAUCAACUUCCCCUCUGCAUCAACAGGAAGGGGUGACCCAUGUCAUACAUGUGCUGGGACCAAAUAUGAAUCCAAUGCGUCCAGAUUGUCUGAAGAAUGACUAUACCAAAGGGUGUAAGGUUCUUCGUGAGGCAUACAAUUCACUUUUUGAGAACUUUGCAUCCAUUGCCCAGAGCUACACAGGGAAGCAGAAUGAUGAAACUUCAUCAAAGAAGUCAGCAUCUGGAGUGAUGUCACCUAAUGAUUCAAAAAUGAAGCGAGAGGGCAGCGAUGAUUCUGAAAGGACCAAAAAGUGUAAGUUGCUUCCAUCUGUUUUGACUUCAAGGGAACACCAUGAGCGCAAAGGGACCAACACAGUAAGUUAUCAUGACAACUCCAUGGGUUCACCUGAUGCUCCGAACCAAGCAAGAGAGGAAGACAACAAGAAGAAUGGUGCGGUCACGAACAAGACUUGGGGAUCCUGGGCACAGUCCCUUUAUGAGGUUGCCAUGCACCCAGAAAAAUACAAGAACGCGGAUUCUAUCCUUGAGAUAUCUGAUGAAUUUGUUGUUCUGAAGGACCUCUAUCCCAAGGCCAAAAGGCAUGUGUUGGUGAUAUCUAGGACAGAUGGUCUUGAUUCUCUAGCGGAUGUCAAGAAAGCGCACUUACCACUGCUUAGGAGUUUGCAUUCAGCUGGGCUGAAGUGGGCACAUAAGUUCCUAGAGGAAGAUGCAUCUCUGACGUUCAGGCUUGGAUAUCAUUCGGUUCCGUCCAUGCGGCAGCUGCACCUCCAUGUCAUAAGCCAGGAUUUCAACUCACCCAGCUUGAAGAACAAGAAGCACUGGAACUCCUUCACCAGUGCAUUUUUCCUUGAUUCUGUUGAUGUCAUGGAGGAGGUUGACCAGCAGGGGUUCGCGAGUAUCAGCCCCGACGAGAAGCUUCUCGCAAUGGAGCUAAGGUGCCACAGAUGCAGGAGCGCCCACCCGAAUAUUCCCAAGCUCAAAUCCCACAUCACGGCCUGCAAGUCCCCCUUCCCCUCCCAUUUUCUGAAGAAGGACAAGCUGUUGUCAGCGUCGACGGUGCGUACGGGCUGCAGUUAGAAGGUACUUAGAAGUUAGCAGCACGAUCCUUGUAAGCACAUUUUACAUUUCGUGCUUUUGGAAGGAUGGGCCACAUCGAGGCUUACUUUGUAUGGCAAUGUUGCGUAAACUUAUCUGCAGUAAGCUGAGCUUUUUGUAA